AUGUCUACUGAAGUUGCUGUUUCUAUUCAACCUGAAAUUAUCGAGAAUCCAGAUGGAUCUAAAUCCAUCAUAACUUACAAGAUCGAAAAUGGUGAAAAAUACAAGAUCACUCAAAGGGUUAAAGAGAUUAAAGUUGUUGAAAAAGUUCACAAGAGUGUAGCUGAAAGAAGGAACUGGCCUAAAUAUGGUCUUGAAAAGGGAUCUCCAGCAGGUCCUCAAACUUCCACUACUACCUUAAGUGAUGAAGUGGAAUUAAGAUUGAGCAGAAAUUGGAGACAAGUGGAAGAAGAAAGACAACAAAAAGAAAAGGGUACUACUGUUAAGAGUAUUUCUUGUAGAUUAUGUGGUAAUGACCAUUACACAAUGAACUGUCCAUUUAAGAGCAUAUUGAAUGAAAUUUCCGCUUUGGAAGAUCCAGCUGCUGGUGUGGAACUUAAUGAAGAAGGUGCUGGUGAAAUUAGCGCUGGUGUUGGUGCAGAAGAAGCUGGAGCUGAAGGUGGUCAUAGAUAUGUUCCUCCAUCUCGUCGUGCAGGUGCUAAAGAUCCAUCAUCUGACGCUUACAGAGAUUCAAGAGAACGUGAUGAUAUGUGUACUUUGAAGAUUAUGCAACUAAAUGAAAAUGCUGAUGAAAAUAAUUUGAGAGAGGAAUUAUUAUUCCCAUUCGCUCCUAUUCAAAAGUGUGUUGUUGUUAGAAAUAGAGAUACAGGUAGAUCUAAGGGUCUUGCGUUUGUUACAUUCUCCAGUGAGCAAAUGGCUGAAAAGGCCUUACAUUUCUUAGAUGGUAGAGGUUUCAUGAAUUUGAUCUUACGUGUUGAAUGGUCCAAACCAAAGAGUGAAGUUAAGAAAAUUUAA